CAAUGAAAGGAACUGAGUCCCGAGGCUGCGUAUAAAGGCAGAACUGAUGUUUUAAUUUCAGAUCAGAAAGUUUUUUUUGGAGAGAGAAAUAGAGAGAGAAAGCAAAGGGAUCCUCCCAAGACCAGAGACUUGAGCAUGAAUCUUAGGAUGCCUGCCUGGUUCUGAGCAAUUAAAUUGCAAGCUCUGUGGGAACACGAGGAGCUGAAGCCCCUACCAGGCCUGUGACAUGAUUUUGCCUGAGAAGGAAAGAUGAUUUGGAACAACACCACUAUGGACGGGGAAGGGUUGCUUGUGAAAAGAGAUUCCUGCUUCCGAAUCCUCACCGGCUGCUUCCUCUCCUUGCUGAUCCUUUCCACACUCCUAGGCAACACCCUGGUCUGCGCAGCUGUCAUUAGGUUUCGCCACCUGAGGUCCAAGGUGACCAACUUCUUUGUGAUCUCUUUGGCAGUCUCAGAUCUUUUAGUUGCUGUGUUGGUCAUGCCCUGGAAAGCUGUGGCCGAGAUAGCUGGAUUCUGGCCUUUUGGAUCAUUCUGUAACAUCUGGGUGGCAUUUGAUAUCAUGUGUUCCACAGCCUCCAUCUUAAAUUUGUGUGUCAUUAGUGUGGACAGAUAUUGGGCCAUCUCUAGCCCGUUUAGGUAUGAGAGGAAAAUGACCCCCAGGGCAGCUUUUGUGAUGAUCAGUGUGGCGUGGACCUUGUCUGUGCUGAUUUCCUUCAUCCCUGUACAACUGAACUGGCACAAAGCUAAAACCACAAGCUUUUUAGACUUAAAUGCCAGUUUCCAAGGUGUGGCUAUGGACAACUGUGAUUCCAGUUUGAACAGGAUGUAUGCCAUCUCUUCCUCUCUUAUUAGUUUUUACAUCCCUGUGGCCAUCAUGAUAGUCACCUAUACAAGGAUAUAUAGGAUUGCUCAAAAGCAAAUACGGCGUAUAUCAGCCUUGGAACGAGCAGCCGUGCAUGCUAAGAACUGUCAAACCACCGCUGGCAACAGGAACAGUAUGGAUGGCCAGCACCCAGAAAGCUCCUUCAAAAUGUCCUUCAAGAGAGAGACUAAAGUUUUAAAGACUUUGUCAGUGAUCAUGGGAGUGUUUGUUUGCUGUUGGCUACCCUUCUUCAUCCUGAACUGCAUGGUGCCCUUUUGUGAGCCCAGUAUCUCAUCCCAGGGAGCAGAGCCAUUUUGUAUAAGUUCUGCCACUUUUGACGUUUUUGUUUGGUUCGGAUGGGCCAAUUCUUCCUUGAACCCGAUCAUUUAUGCCUUCAAUGCAGAUUUCCGCAAGGCAUUUUCCACUCUUCUUGGCUGCUAUAGACUCUGUCCUUUCUCCAUUAAUGCGAUAGAGACAGUUAGUAUCAACAAUAAUGGGGGUAUGGGUUUUUCGAGUCAGCUUGAGCCAAGAGGGUCCAGUCCCAAAGAGUGCAAUUUUGUCUAUUUGAUUCCCCAUUCAGUUCUCUGCCCAGAAGAAGAAGACAUGAUGAAAAAAGAAGAGGAGGGGGUAUUCUCUAAAACCUUGGAUAAAAUUUCUCCAACCCUGUCAGGUAUUUUGGAUUUCGAGGCUGAUGUGUCUUUGGAAAAGAUCAAACCAAUCACGCAAAAUGGCCAGCAUAAAACCUGAGGUGGAAAGUUGACUCAUUUAAAAAAAAAAAAGUGGUCAUUCGAGAAAGAUUUUCAACUUUUUUUGUCUGUUUUUAGUAAGAAGGUGUGCUAUUGUGAGAAUCAAAGCCAUCACAUAAAAAUCCAGAGCUUAAUCAGCUGCUGUCUGACAAAAACAUAAAAUUUUAAAAAGAUUUCCACCUUUCAUACAUUGUAUUUAAAGAGUGUUCUAUGUUGUUCAUCUUGAAUGGAAAUGAAUCAAAUAUGUAGGUACGGU